AUGGACUACUCCUACGACCAGCCGCCUUCGCCGCCCAAGGACGGCAAUGGCAACGCCAACGGCAAGCAGCAGGCCACCUUCCUCACCAAGCUCUACGCCCUCCUCGAGCGACCCGAGAACCACCACAUGAUUCGGUGGGACGCAGACGGCGAACACAUCAUUGUCGAGCGGCCAGAGCAGCUUGCUUUGCAUGUCCUUCCUUCCAUCUACCGCCAGUCGCGCUUCGCGAGCUUCUCCCGGCAGCUAAACAUCUACGGCUUCAUGCGCAAGGUCAACCUCCGCAACGUCGACCCGGGCAUUAACGACCCGGACGCCAGCACGUGGUCUCACCCGACGCUCAACAAACACUCCCCGCCCGAAGUGGUUGCCGCCUUCAAGCGUCGCGUGCCACCACGCCCGGCCAAGCCUACGCGCGCCGGCAAGCGGGCCGACGACGGCAUGCAGCCGCGCUCUGCCAUCGCACCCAACGAAGCGCUCCCGUUCGGCCACCCGGUGUCGCCCAAGACGCGUGCACGUGGAUUUUCCGCCCCUCAACCGUACAACCCGCCACCGCCCUCGGCCUGGUCUACCGCUCAACAAGCCUACCCUCGCGCGCCCCUGCCUCCUCUCACGGUCCCGAGCGACCCGCACCCGCACUCGCUCUAUAACCCGUCGCCGCUUGACGACGCGACGCCACAAGCGUCAUACUACGGCCACAACGUCGGCUACAGCAACGGUUACGGGGGCUAUGCCGCUCAGCCGCAAGACUCUGGCUACUCGUCUUCGCUCUCGACCAUCUUGAACCACGGCCACUCAAACUCGAGCUACCACCACCAGUCCCAGCAGGUUCAGCAGCGGCCGCAAAUUAAUAUCAAUACGGCUUACGCAUCGACGGGCUACUCCAGCCUGGGGCCUUACUCAGAAGACUCGUCGUACGGUCACCACCAGCGCGCGCACACGCCCACCGGCAGCAGCAGGCCCGGCUCAUCUCGUGGGGCGUACGCGAGCGUUCGCCGAGACCGCCGUCACAGUCACACGCCGUACCCCGCGCCGGAGUACAGUGGUGCGGAGGAUCGUGCACGAGGGCCCAUCGCGUUGCCGACGGCAGGCGUCGAUUACUACUCGCAGCCCCACGACGCGUUCGCAUACGGCGGGCAGAACGACUGGGACGCGUCGGCGCCUCGUCACUUGCGGCCUAGCACGAGCGCCAGCAGCCUCAGCACGGGCUCGAGCGCGGCGCACACGCCGCCAAACGACAUGGGCGGUUACGCCGAUGCAGCGGACAUUCACACGCGCUAUGAGACCGAGCCUUUCGGAUACGCCGUCCCUGAUGUCCGUGGAUAUGCGGACCCAGUGAAGAUGUGA